AUGCCUCCGCCAGCGAAGCGUCGCAAGGCGUCUGCAUCAAAAGCCGCCGCGCCCACGACCUCCACCGAUCUCACGACUCCAACCGAGCCUACCACCUCAAGCAGCGCCACGAACGCCUAUCCUGGUUUCGAUCCCUGGCAUGCGACGCUAGACAUCGAUGCGGGUGACAACAAGAUGUCUGUCUUCAACACCACAAAAUCUCAGUUCAUGCACUCCGCAAAGAUCUACGACUCCGAUGCUUUUAAGCUGAAGCCACUCACCGUUGCCGACGGACCGCUCAAGGGUCGACAUGUGAUCAUGCUGGAGCCUAUCAAUGACUUCUUCCGCUUCAUGGAUUUCCCUCCUGAGAUUCGCAAUAUCGUGUACGACAUGCUUUUUCAAGAAGCAGAGGAUAUCGAGAUCGUUACUUUCAAGUCGAAAUUCAGCGGUCAACGUGCGGUGAGACGUGGCUUUAAGCGGCAAUCGAAACAUCCAGGCGACACGUGGAAUCCGCAGAAGAGCAACUGGGAACAUCAGACCCCGAGCGUGCAUUCCCUUCUGAAGACCUGCCAGCAGAUCAAGGAAGAAGCUGCUCCUGUGGCGUACGGCAGCAAUCGCUUCAGCUUCAACGGCCUGCCGGAGCUGAAGGCAUUCUUGAGCGGGAUUGGCACGAUGCGUCAAUUCCUCAGACAGAUCAGGCUCGUCUACGGCUCAUAUCACCACACAGUGGCAGCGACAACCUUUCACAAAUUGAAGGAUGCCAAGGACUUACAGUCGGUGACCUUCCCCCACGACAUGGUGUGCGGAGAUUGUAGACCAGAGCGACUUGGACGCAAGUCUAUCACCAUUCGGGACGUUCUAGUGCACACCAAGCCCUUUCUCAAGGCCUUUCAUAAGGCCCAGAAAUCAAAGGACGACCCCGUGAAUGUGCCAGACAUCAUUUGCGUCGCACCAGAGACCUGGCCAAGAUUCUGCGAAGAUGGAGAAAUGGGGAGAAGCUGUACAUGCACUUACCUGGGAGAUCCCUCAAGCUGCCGCGAACGCCUUCAGCACACAAAGGAAGUUCAAGUGGAUUUUCGGAAGGCUGUAGCGGACGAGUUGGGCAUCGAAGUGACCUCGAGCAAGGAGGAAUGA